UGCUCAAUGUUAUUAUUACAGAAACCGGCACCCAUAAAUCAAAUAUACUUCGUUGCUAUUUAAUAUUUUUAAAAUGCGCUGUUCUUUUGAGUUCGAUCGAUCCGAUCCGGUAUACUAUAGUGGAGAAACAAUUAGUGGGUGUGUUAACCUUACAACAAAGAAGGAAUAUAUAGUCAAUGAGAUUUUUAUAAUUUUCGAGGGCCAGGGAAAGGUCAGGUGGCAAGAUCAAAGGGAAUUGUCCCUAACAGGACAAGAAAUUUUCCGUGGCACGCAGACUUACCUGGAUACCCGAAUCAAUGUGCUCGGUUCGGGAACGCUCCCAGUUGGCACGCACACUUACCCAUUUAGUAUUACCCUGCCAGUGGAUUGCCCCUCAUCGAUAGUGAUGGAGUUUGGCAAGAUCUGGUACGAGAUCAAAGUAUGCAUCGACCAUCAGGAACCUAAGCACAAAGUCUUCAAGAAGCCUCUGACGGUGCUGCAGAUGUACAACCUUAACAUGAGCCCUCAGCUCUUGAUUCCUUUGGUGCACGAGGACUAUAAACACUUUUGCUGCUGGCACUGCAGAUCGGGCCCAGUUCUCUCUACACUCACGAUACCCUUCGGAGGCUAUGCACCCGGCCAGAAUAUCCGCUUCAUCCUGGAAGUUGACAACAAAUCGAGUAGCCGUGAUUUGGUCGGCAUGUAUAUGCAAUUGAAGCAGACCUACAAGCUCCAGGCACAAAAUCCCGAAUAUCUCGCGGUUGAGAAAGGCCACAUCCUGGCACAAAACUACCAGAAGGCAAAGGUUCUUCGACUCUCAAAGAAAACAAUCGAAGGAUCGCUCGCUAUUCCCGCAGUACCACCCACCUCCCUUAAUGAUGGCAUCCUGUCGGUGAGCUACGAAGUGCUUCUGAACAUCGACUUAAACGAUUGCCAAACUGAUCCCGAUUUGUACGUGCCGAUAGUCAUUGGCACCAUUCCCUUGGCUCGGAGCGCAGAACAUUCCACAAGUGCAGCAGAUAUGAUACCCCAAAAACCGGAUACUUCAAGCGAAGACUCAGCUGAUUUGCCGCCCAGCUACGAUAAUUACAGACCCCCGACCUUUGAAGAGGCUUUAAUUAUUGGCAAGCACUUUGUCGACAUUGAUGUGGGCAAGGAAGAUCGCUCGGAUGACUUUAUACCACGUUACCCUAUGUAUACCAAUUUUGGCACGGCCUCAGCACCAACGUGACGUUUAGUUUUUCUAAAAUGCCUUUUCAAUCGAAAAAGAUUUUUAUGAGCUGCCUGUAUUUUUAUAGAGUUAGAACGCCUAUUUAUAGACCUUAACAUCUACCUCAAAUCUUAUACAUUUUGUAGAUAUUUAAAAUAAAUUAAAAAUAGUUACAAUAUUUAUAUUCUUAACGAUAUUUUCCAUUAAAAAACCCCUUCCCUUCGAGGCUAAACGUAAAAAGUACAACGCAAGAAAGAUGGAAAAAACUAAUAUAAAUAUAAUGUUCCACCGUUUAUUCUCUCAUAGCUUAGAACUAAUUAAAUAUGCUGUAACUAAACACAUUAGCUGCCUUAAUAUUAAAAAAAAUCAAUUUAUUAUUAACUUAU